AUGCUCUCAGAAGCUCUCAUCAAGCUCUGUCAGUCCAAUGACUCCUCAAUCAGCGCCGCUCUUGCUGGAGAGCCUACUGCCGCGCCCACCGAGCUAUGGCAGCGGCUCUUCGGGCAACAAAAAGCAGCAGCUUCAGGCGUAGACCCCGGCGACAGCGACGCUGCCUUGUCGCAGGAAAGAUUGGCUCAGGCACAGAAAUGUGGCCAUUGGGGGCCUACACAACCGAGCGAGCUCUUCCUCCGCGCAUUUUGGAGUGCUAUACGAUGCCUUGACUAUGAUAUCGGCUCAGGCAUGGUCUCGCCCGCCCUCAUGGGCAGCUACGGCACUCUACCUUUCACCAUCAUCGCACCUCUGGCGGACAUUGCCCGACACAUGUCCAACCUCAUUGCCCGAGCUGAGAAAGAAGUCAUACUCAUCACAUGUGUAUGGUCGCCUUCGGUCGCCGUGAGACUGGUCCACAAUGCUCUGAUCGAGCUGUCCAAAAGAGCUGGGGAGAAGAAGCAAAGAGCGGUGGUGAAGAUCAUGUAUGACGCAGCAGGGCCAUCGCAUGCCUUUAAAGAUCGCCAGCACGUCAAAUCUGAGACGUACUCUAGCGAGUCAAUUGGCCUUCCCAAGCCAGAAGACAUUCCAAACCUUGACUUUGAAGUUAUGAGCUUCCACAAGAUCCUGCUGGGAACCUUGCAUGCCAAAUUCUUGGUAGUGGACAGGGAAAUUGCUUUAAUUAUGAGUAAUAACAUGGAAGAUAAUGACAAUAUGGAGAUGAUGGCACAGGUCGAAGGACCUAUCGUUGAUUCUAUCUAUGACACUGCACUGGUUACAUUGGGAGACGCUUCCUCUGCACCACUACCAUGCUUGUCGCUCCCGGCUGAGAAAGCCAGCGAAGACUUCUCAGAGAUCUCCGAGAAUGUCUACACAGCGCGUGGUACCGCUCGCGAACUGAACGAAGUAGGCAUCGAUGGUGAAGAGAAGCACUCCCUCCCAUCGCACACAGACAAAGACCCCCAUUACGACUCCACCCUCUCCGGCGAAAUUGACCGCGUGCAAGCUGCCUACGCCACCAAACCAAACGAAAGCCAUCUCCAAGCAAUAAACCGCCAACUCAACAUUGCAGCCCCCAACCCCAUCCCACCCUCCGGCCCCGAAAUCCCCCCGGGCUCAGAAUUCAUCCCCUACAUCCCCAUCUCCGCCACCGCUCCCUGCCCAAUCGCCAUGGUCUCCCGCGCCCCCUACGGCAUCCCCUCCAACGCCAACCUCCUCGUCCCACAGAACGCAGCCUGGCUCUCCCUAAUCAGCAACGCGCGGCACUCAAUCUUCAUCCAAACCCCCGAUCUCAACGCCAGCAUGUUGUACUCCGCCCUCAAAGAAGCCCUGUCCCGCGGCGUGGAAAUCACAUACUACGUCUGCCUCGGCUACAACGACGCAGGCGAGUUGAUGCCCGGGCAGGGGGGCACCAACGAGCAGUUCGCCUCUCGCUUGACCUCGUCCCUCACGCCCAGCGAACGCGAGAGGCUCACGAUCGCUUACUACGUCGGCAAGGACCAGGCUUCUCCAAUCCACCACUCGCGCCGCUCAAGAUCUUGCCACAUCAAACUCAUGAUCGUGGAUGAGUGCGUUGGCGUACAGGGGUCCGGGAACAUGGACACGCAGAGUUGGUGCCACAGCCAGGAAAUCAACUUGAUGGUGGACUCGGGGGAAGUAUGCAGGAAGUGGCGGGAGGGAAUUGAGCGGAACCAGAACACAGCGAGAUUCGGCAUCGCGGACAAAGAUGGCAUCUGGAGGGAUCAGAAGGGGGAGGAGGCGCCGGGGGCGAUGGGGAAUCCGACGAAAGUGGUCGGGUGGAUGAAGGGCGUUGUGGGAAUGGUGAAGAAGGCGCGGGAUAGUGGGAAAUUGCAUGCUUGA